GUCCGGUGGGGAGGAGAAGCCGUUUACAUCGGUCUCCAAACGCUUUACAUCAGCCCAGCCAAUCACAGCCACGGAUGUGCUUAUGUUAAGUAUCAGCGGCAGCGAGGAGAGGCCUGGAUUCUCUUGUGAGGAAGGACGUCAUUAUCACCCAUCAAAACACCACGAGAACUUGCAGAGCUCACACGGAUGAUUCAUCACAUUGAAUUUGCAAAGAAUUUGGGCAGUUAUCAAUGAUGUCAGACGAGGAACUGACAGAAGUGGUUCAAAUAACAGUUGAUGAUUUACACGGUGAUCACCCUGUCAUGUUAGAAAAUCAUGAAGUAACAGAAGACGACAUGCCGCCUUCACUGAAACGGCAGAGGAUAGAAAUCAACUGUGAGGACCCAUCUAUAAAGUCUUUCCUGUUCUCGAUCAAUGAAACCAUCUGUCUAAGGUUGGAUAACAUCGAGUCCAGGCUGCAGGUUCUGGAGGCCACUUGUAAUUCAUUAGAGGAGAAACUGGAUAUCAUCUUGACCAAAAAUUCAAACCCCAUCCAAGUACCCAUGGUGGCAGGCUCCCCACUUGGAGCCACUCAGACCUGGAACAAAGUGCGAUGUGUUGUUCCUCAGACAACUGUAAUCCUGAAUAAUGAAAGACAAAACUCUGUAGUGGCCAAGCUGCAGAGUCAGGAGGAUUCAGUUAACAAGAUAACAGAAAGUCUGGAAAAUAUACUUAAUGCGGUCCCUGGACGAAGACAUAACACAAUCGUGGUGAAGGUACCAGGCCCAGAUGAAAGUCAUGAGGAUAAUGACAGUGGAUCAGAAGCCAGUGAUACACUGUCCAACUCUGGACACACCAACAUGGGGAACAAUGUUACCAUGAUCACUCUAAACUGUGAAGAGGAUUACCCCAAUGGCACAUGGCUCGGUGAUGAAAACAACCCUGAAACGCGAGUGAGAUGUCCAAUCACAGCAACUAACAUGCUGCACAUCGGCACCAACUGCCGGACGGCAGAGAAGAUGGCCCUUACUCUACUUGAUUACCUCUUUCACCGUGAGGUGCAGGCUGUCUCUAACCUAUCGGGACAAGGAAAACACGGCAAGAAACAGCUGGAUCCAUUGAUGAUCUAUGGCAUAAGAUGUCAUAUAUUCUAUAAGUUCCGAAUCACAGAGUCUGACUGGUACCGGAUAAAACAGAGCAUUGACUCAAAGUGCCGCACAGCUUGGCGCAGGAAGCAGAGAGGACAGAGCUUGACUGUAAAAAGUUUCUCACGCAGAACCCCCUCAGAAACUUCAUACAACACAGCUGAUGGUGUACAGAAUACAGUUUCAUCUUCCAGUGACCUGCAGGAGACAUCACCUCAGGCACUGCACUAUGCUUUGGCCAAUGCUCAGCAGGUGCAAAUCCACCAGAUUGGGGAAGAUGGUCAGGUCCAGGUGGGACACCUGCAUAUUGCACAGGUACCGCAGGGAGAGCAGGUGCAAAUCACUCAAGACAGUGAGGGCAAUCUGCAGAUUCAUCAAGUCCAUGUGGGUCAGGAUGGCCAGGUUCUUCAAGGAGCACAACUCAUCGCUGUUACCUCUGACCCAUCAUCUGGUGAAGUUAAUGGCUCCCCAAUACAGGCCAAUGACAUCCAGGUCCAGUACGUUCAGCUCGCCCCUGUCAAUGAACCAUCGGAAACCGAUCAGGUCGUAGAACCUUUACAGUCCGCUCUUCAGCAGGAGAUGCAUAUUGAGCAUGAAUCAAUCCAGAUCCAAUAAUUUCUGCAUCUGAGCAUGUUGGGAGCCUGUGUGUGCCAGUCGUUAUUAGCAUGAAUGGCUCAGGAACUGCACACACAUAGACACUCGCCAGUGGAACCCACUGAGCAGACCUCAUUGUGAAUAUCUCAAAGGACCAGACUGCAAUAGAAGCAACUAGCUGUGAAGAAUUCAUUCAGUUGUUUGUACUCUCUAAUCUACUAUUUUUAUAUCCUCUGCUGUUUGUCUCU